UUCAUCUGAUUAAAAUUGAUUGGUUAUGCGAGAAAAGGACAAGAGAUUUUAACUUAGAGUUGCAUUGGAUGUAGUUAAUUUUCACUUAAAUUAAAUGAGAAUAAAAUAUCAAAAAUAAGUUUUAUUUUCGGACAAUUGACCGAAACAGUCAAGAAUUAAAAAAUAUUACACGUAUUCAGGGAGGAAACAACGAUUUAAGCAAAGUGAUUUUUGAUUGAGUGAUAUUGUAAUGUAAUAAAAAAAUUAAAUAAACUUUACUCAUUAUUAAAAUUAAAAUAUUCAAUAAAAUGAAAACUUUCAAUGUUCCCUUAGCUCCCAAGAAUCCAAUCACCUUUUUCUCAAAAAAAAAAAAAAAAAAUCUAAUUAAAUCUUUGUCUUUUUAAGUAUUAGAAGAAGAAGUUUCCUAAUUUUUGGGAAAAGAACUCUAGCUAUAAUAAUUUUAUUUAUUGAUUUUCUCAUCAUUUUUGUUUUUAAUUACCAACAUGAAAAUAAAGGUAUUUCCAAUGGUUGAAUGUUUAUUCCAAACGCUCCAAAGCCUCAAAUUUAGCUAACCCGAUUUGAUUUUUAGCAUGAAAGAUGAAACGAAACUUAAAAUUAAUAGGUGAACAAACAAACCAUGUCUUCAAUCAAAACACCAAGAUUACCCAGUUGGGAAAAUCGGGUAACGUCGAAGAAGCCAUCAAACUUUUCUCCGAAAUGACCCAUAAAAACACAGUAACUUACAAUUCCAUGAUUUCUGUCUUUAGUAAAAACGGCAAAAUCAACGAUGCACGCCAACUGUUCGACAAUAUGCCUCGUAGAAACCUAGUUUCUUGGAACACAAUGAUUGCUGGGUACGUGCACCAUGACAGAGUUGAUGAAGCUUAUCGACUGUUCGUUAAAAUGCCUAUAAGAGACAGAUUUUCUUUGACUCUGAUCAUAACUUGUUUUACACGUAUAGGGGACCUUGAGAAAGCUAGAGAAUUGUUUGAUUUAUUUCCUCAUGAGCGUGAUGUGGCUUGUUGGAACGUUAUGAUUGGAGGGUAUGGUAAGAAAGGAAGGGUUAUAGAAGCUAAGAGAUUGUUUGACGAAAUGCCGGAUAGGAAUGUUGCUUCGUGGAAUUUGAUGUUAUCGUGUUAUACCCGGAAUGGGGAAAUGCGUUUGGGGAAAGAGUUUUUUAAGGUAAUGGCGAUAAAGGAUGUUGUUUCAUGGAAUUUGAUGGUUGAUGGGUUUAUUGAGGUCGGUGAUUUGGUUUCUGCUUGGGAGUUUUUUGAGAAGAUUCCUUAUCCAAAUGUUGUGUCUUGGGUUACGAUGCUAAGUGGACUUGCGCGAAGGGGUAAGAUAUUGGAGGCAAGGAGAUUAUUUGAUCAGAUGCCGAUUAAGAAUGUUGUCUCUUGGAAUGCUAUGAUUGGUGCUUAUGUCAAGGAUUACCAAAUUGAGGAGGCUGCUAGGUUGUUUAGGGAGAUGCCGAACAGGGAUUCAGUCUCAUGGACUACAAUAAUUGAUGGUUAUGUUCAUGUUGGCCAGCUUGAUAAGGCAAGGGAAUUACUUGAUCAAAUGCCUUACAAGAAUAUUGCGGCACAAACUGCAAUGCUUGCUGGAUACAUUAAGAAUAAAAGAAUGGAUGAAGCUUGUCAGGUUUUUAGUGAGAUUACUGCCAGAGAUAUUGUUUGUUGGAACACCAUGAUUGCAGGGUAUGCGCAGAUGGGAAGAAUGGAUAAGGCUCUCAAUCUAUUCAAGGAAAUGGAAAAUAAGGACUUGGUAACGUGGAACACCAUGAUCAUUGGUUAUGCUCUAACUGGAGAAAUGGACAAAGCAUUUAAGAUAUUUGACGAGAUGAAGAUAAGGAAUGUAGUCUCUUGGAAUUCUUUGAUGACAGGUUUUGUGCAGAAUGGCUUAUCAUUGGAUGCAUUGAAUAGUUUCAAACUGAUGGCAAAUGAAGGAACAGUGCCUGAUCAUUCAACUUUUGCAUGUGGACUAAGUGCAUGCGCCAAUCUUGCAGCUUUGCAAGUUGGAAAGCAGAUGCACAAUAUGGUUUUGAAGAGUGGUUAUAUAAAUGACUUGUUUGUAGGGAAUGCCUUGAUCACCAUGUAUGCAAAAUGUGGAAGGAUCUUGUAUGCUCAAAUCAUUUUCAAGCAUCUUGAUAAAGUUGAUGUUAUUUCUUGGAAUUCUCUGAUAACUGGUUAUGCCUUAAAUGGUCAUGGAAAAGAGGCUGUUCAACUCUUUGAACAGAUGGUGUUAAAAGGAGUGCUUCCUGAUCAUAUCACCUUCAUUGGGGUUUUGUCAGGAUGUAGUCACAUUGGCCUUGUUGAUCAGGGUUUUAAAUUGUUUAAAUGCAUGACUGAAAUUUACUCUAUAGAACCUUUGGUUGAACACUAUGCUUGCAUUGUUGAUAUGUUAGGCCGUGCUGGGAUGUUAUAUGAAGCCUUUGAAGUGGUUAGGGGAUUGAAGAUGAGGGCAAAUGCAGGAAUAUGGGGUGCAUUGCUGGCAGCUUGCAAGACUCAUGGGAAUUUGAAACUUGGUAAGAUUGCUGCUAAGAAGCUUUUGGAAUGUGAACCUCAUAAAACAUCAAACUUUGUCUUGUUGUCAAAUAUGCAAGCUGAGGCUGGUAGUUGGGAUGAGGUUGAGAACAUGAGGCUAUUGGUGAAAGUGACUAAAGCAGAGAAGCAGCCAGGCUGCAGCUGGAUUGAAGUUAGAAAUCAGAUACAUUGUUUUCUGUCCAAUAUGCCAAUGUUGCCUGAGACAGCAGAGGUUUACAGCAAAUUGAAAGCUUUAACCUCUCAGAUAAGAAGCUUAGAUUGUGAAUCUGACUUAGCAUUUCUACUUGAUAAUUUAUGAUGGACAGUUUCUCUAUUUAUUAUUUCUUCAGACAAUUUAAGACUGUCAUCACCAGUGGUCCAAGUCAUUCCAAUUUCCAACUUUAAGUUCAUGGUGUUCUACAAUUACCGUCCCCCGAGUAAAACAAGGCUGCUAAGUAAGAACUUGAAGAGGAAGAUUAAUUGGUCAUGUUGACUAUGGGUUUAUUUAGCUAGGUGGCAAAAUGCGGUCGGAGAGCCUCACUACCACAUCGAUCCAACCAAUUUCCCAAGCUGCGGCGAAGACCAAAUAUACUUUAUGAUCUGAAAAGGCAACUUCUUUGUGACUGUUUGCAACAAGUUACAACUUGCCACCGCUUCUCCUUUUGGGACAAGGGCUUUUGCAAUACGUGAGAAAUAAGCUCUGUAAUAGAAACUUAUGAUAGGGUUUUUUUUUUUUUUUUAAUUUUUUAUUGUAGUUUAAAUGGGGUGUGGAUUAUUUAGUUGUAGUCUCUAACUUGGCAUUCAAUGUGCCAGGAUAGUCCAAUUCCUCAUGAGGGUGCUAGAAUUGCCUUGCGAUUGAAUGCUCUACAGCAGCAUGAAAUUACAAAUAUUGUAUAGAGCUAAGAAAACACACACUUGCCCAGAACGUGCGCUUGAAAAAAAAAAAAA